CUCAAAAUGAUUUUUUUUUUUUUUACUUUUUGAUUUGAUAAAAAUGCUUUAAAAAUUCAGUUCUAGAUUGACCCAAAAAGAUGUUGUUGUUUUUUCUGAUUUUUCGGACGUGCCAGAGAACCAAAAAAUGUUUUAUUCACACAGUUCUCCCUCUGCUUAAGUCUUCUGUAGCAAAAUGCCAUGCUUCUGCUUUUCACUGCUUCAUUGUGGCUGCCUUCCUCAACGUGUUUAACUCUUUGGGCGCUGUUCCCUUUCUGUCUCUGCUCUCUUUCAUUGUUGUUGCUCCCUUCUACUCUCUCUGCUAGCCACCAUGAGCACACCCACCCACCCCCAUUUAUCUCACUUGUAACCUCCAUCCUUGCUCCAUUGUGUAACAGCAGUUUUGAGAGAUCUUGCUUGUGAAAGUGAAUUAACAAGAGAGCAUUACAGAGAAGGUUCUCUGCCCUGAGGGUAAUCUUUAAUUAUGUGUGUAGAGCCUGAUUCUUGGAUCUGCUCCAGCAGCUUUGCAUUACUCUCGCAUCACACUGUUGCCAUUACUAGCUCUCAGAAGGUCCCCCUGGUGAAAAGGGAACCCCAGGUGGCAAGGAGACACACCCACAUCUGUGUAGAGGGUGUUCCUGGGAGAAAGGAAAUGUGUCUGGGACAUCCCUUCAUCUACAUAGUCACUGGCUGCUAGAACAGCCACUUGGGUCUGAACAGCUGUAUAUAACUUAGAAGAGCUCUGAGCCUGCCCUAAAUUAGGCCAGGGACCAAACCGGCCCCUUGCUGGUUCCAUUAUUUGGAGAAUGCAAAGAUGGCAUAGAACCACCUCUCCCCACAAUCCACUCCAGCUGCACCAAGACCAGGCCUACAAACUUGCAUCAGUAUAACUACAUCACUCAGGGGUGUGCAAAAUCCAUUCCACUGAGCAACGCAGUUAUAGCAACCUAAACCCAGGUGUAAACAGUGCUGUGUGGAUGGGAGCGCUUCUCCCAUCAACAUAGUUACCACCUCUUGGGGAGGUGGACUAACUACGCCAACAGGAGAAGCUCUCACGUCAGUGUAGUAGCGUCUUCACUGAAGCACUAUAGCAGUGCAACUGUACCAGUGCAGCUGUGCCGCUGCGGCAUUUUAAGUGUAUGCCCCAAGUGUAUCUUGGCCAUAUCUGAUAUUCUAAUCCAUAGUAACUACAUAGUGUAGUAAUGUAUAUGUCAGAAAUGUGUGUGGAUGGCUAGAUAGACUAACAGCUUGUCUUUGUCUGGCAAAUUGGGAGGAAUUAUGGAACUGAAUUACUUUUCUCAUCAAUGUAGGAAAUGGGGCAAUGCACUCAUGCCCUCUGGCAUCAUGGUGACAAGCUACUCUGGGCAGGUUUAUUAGAUGCAAUUGGAUUGAUUGAUCUGCUAUUUUAUUUAGGUAAUUACAUCUUCAGUUCUAGCUUCCUUUUGCUUUCAAACAUUUAACACAUUUACACAAAUUUACACAAAUUUUAUACGCUUACACAAAUCCACUGGUUCAAAUCCCAGCAAGGUCAUUCCAAUUCUUUAUCCUUCUGAGAGAGAGAAACUGAAUUCCAUAGAGGUCACUGCCUGGGGGAUUCCGUUACAACCAAGGUCCCAUCUGCUUUCCCAGCUAAUUCAAGGUCCUUAGCAUUUAUUUGGUAAAAGAAGGGGUUUGCCCUCAGCUCAAAUUUGCCUUUUCACUGUUUGUAUUGUGGUUAAGUCUUGAGACCUCAGUCUGGGAUCUUUUGUGCUAGGCACUGUACAAACACAAGGAAAAGAUGGCCCAGUGAUCUUACAAGAUAAGAAAUAUUUGGAGUACCCACUCUUGUGCAGAUGCUCUGUGCUGGUUGGUUACCUGUCAGUCCAGACAUGGCUGCAUUUCACCAGAGCUAUGUGCAUAGAAGUUGCAAAGGGUUUAAGGAUCUUUUGGGCUCUAAAGGACUAUAUAACUGUAAGAUGCAUAUGUGUGUAUGCAUGCAAGUGUGAUGGGAUGUUCACCCCACACUCUCCCUGUAGGAGUUAAUGGAGGCCAGAUGGGCCAAUUAACCUAUUAGGUUGUAAGCUGGGAGAAUUAAGUCUGAGAGGAAAGCCCUAAUUAGGGGAAGCUCACCUGUGCAGGAACAAGUGGGGCUUCUAUAAAGCCAGAUAGCAGAGAGGGGCUGCAGGGAAGUAGUCUGUAGUCCCUCCUUGGGAGUAAGGAGGUGUGUUUGGUACUACAGAGGUAUGCAGAGUUACUCUGUGGAAGGAGGGUGGCAUUCUGUGGCUGGUAGACCCAGAGGAGGGGAGAACCAGAAGGACACCCCCAGAGAUACCUUGACAUCAUCAGAUGUCUCCCAUGUUGAGACAGAGUCUCUGCAUGUUAAAGACCAGGAGACACAAGCUGAUUUGGAGCGGCUCAGCAACCUGGAGGGGUCGGAGUAUUCAGACCAAGCUGGUAUAGCAUUAAAGGAGAUGCAGACAGGGUUUGAAUUUACUGUGCAGAUAGCUGAGUAUAAAGAUAACAAGAAGCAGCAGCAGCAUGAGAAGAUGGAUGCUUCCAGAGGUACCCCAACAUCAUCAUACUUCCCAGAUGAUAUGACAGAGGGCUUGGAUGGUAAGAGGCAAGCAGUCCAUCUGGAGAACAGGGCAAAGAGAGAAGCUGAUGCUUUGCAGCCAGAAGGAUUCAACAGCAUGGGUGAGAUCAGCAAUUUGGAGGAGUUGGAACAGCCAUGCGGCAGGCGCAUCACAGCCACUGAUCUCGAGCUGGAGAAGAUGAGGUGGGAUUCUGCACUAACCAGGCUGAAACACAAACAGGAAGACAAUGAAAAGCAACGGCAACAUGAGAAGACUAUGGAGCAGCUACGUCAACAGGCAACACCCAGAUCAUUUGGCCAAGGACUCUAUGACCUACUUCGGCCCCAGAACCAGUACACCUUGUUUCUAUACUGCUUCAUCUUUAUACACCUCAUUUACACAGUGAGGGAGCUGGCUUUCUAUUUUGUUAUAAAACACUACUUGUUUUGCUUUGCCGUUGUGCUCUAUUUCAUUUUCAAGAAGAUUUUCCAGGAUUACAAAAAUAAGAAAAAAUGUUGCUAAAGCAACAGCACAUUUGCUACAGCUGAAACAGAUGCUGAUCUGUCCUGACUUUUUCCCCACUUUUCCUGCUCCCCAUCUCCAUUAUCCCACCGGCGCUUCACCUAGCAUUUCCACUAUCAUUAUAUACACAAUGCUCUAACUUGUGCAAGUUUAACUUACUCCUUUUGAAUAUUGUAGCUGAAUAUCAUUGUUCAAUUACAUGUUCUUCCAUUAACAUAUUCAGCAUAAUUCUGUCACAUUCACCUAUACUAAUAAAGAUACAUGUAAUAGA